CUGAUACACGCGCACGCGCACUUGAGCCAUGACAAUUGUUGAUAAUCAACUGGAGUUAUUUUUUUCCUUUAGAGUAAAAUAAUUUCAACCCAAGCCCUUUCCCCCAAGGGGGCUCUUGGACUAUACCACAACGAACAUAAAAUACAGACUUGCAUGAAGGGCUAAUGGAAAACCCAAGGGAUAUGGCUGAGCACACUCCCCGCUCAGAGCGGAAGAGGAGAGAUUCGUUUGGGAUGUUUGACGGGUAUGACAGCUGCAGUGAAGACAGCAGUAGCAGCUCCAGCUCAGAGGACAGUGAGGAUGAAGUCCCUAGCAUCCCCGCCAGCCUGCCAAUCAUCAAAAACAACGGCCAAGUGUACACCUAUCCUGAUGGAAAAGCAGGAAUGGCAACCUGUGAGAUGUGUGGUAUGGUUGGUGUACGAGAUGCUUUCUACUCUAAAACAAAGAGAUUCUGCAGUGUAUCCUGCUCUAGAAGCUAUUCCUCCAAUUCUAAAAAGGCCAGUAUACUGGCAAGACUUCAGGGUAAACCACCUACGAAAAAGGCAAAAGUCUUACAGAAACAGCCAUUAAUGGCAAAGUUGGCAGCUUAUGCACAGUAUCAAGCAAAUCAGCAGAACCAAGCUAAAUCAAAAUCAGUGGUACCUGUUGAAGGCUUUGACUGGGGCCAGUACAUUUGUAGCAAUAAUCUUGUUGGGGCACCAGUCAGCUGUUUCAAACAUGUGCCCAUGGGUAUGUGCUGGGGUGACAUAGCAGAGGGGGUGAGGGUGGAGGUCCUCAAUUCUGACACAAACCUCUCCACAAAAGUUUACUGGGUAGCAGGGAUUGUCAAACUGGCAGGUUUUAAAGCUCUUCUGCGCUAUGAGGGUUUUGAUAACGACUCAAGCAAAGACUUCUGGCGUAAUCUGUGUAUCCCAGAAAUCCACCCUGUUGGAUGGUGUGCUUCUAGUGGAAAGCCACUGGUGCCUCCGAAAUCCAUCCACCAUAAGUAUUCUAACUGGAAAGCAUUUCUUGUGAAACGACUCACUGGAGCCAAAACACUUCCACCAGAUUUCGCCACAAAGGUUCAGGAAAACAUGCAGUACCCGUUUAAGAAACUGAUGCGUGUGGAAGUUGUGGAUAAGACCCACCUGUGUCGAACCCGCGUGGCCCUGGUGGAGCAGGUGUUCGGCGGGCGUUUGCGCCUGGUGUAUGAGGAGAGCCAGGACGGCACCGAUGACUUCUGGUGUCACAUGUACAGCCCUCUCAUCCACUCCAUUGGCUGGUCACGUAGCAUCAUUACACACCUUCAAAAAGUAGAGGUGACAAAGAAAAUGGAGGGUCAGAUGGAUGCUCCGUCACAGUUGUUUCUUAAGGUUAAGGAUGUGGAUCAGAGUGGAGAUUGGUUUAAAGAUGGAAUGAAGUUAGAGGCAAUAGACCCUCUAAAUCUCUCUGCUAUAUGUGUUGCUACUGUAAGAAAGGUGUUGGCAGACGGGUACCUAAUGAUCGGGAUUGAUGGUUCUGAGGCUGCUGAUGGGUCAGACUGGUUCUGCUACCACUCAGCCUCUCCCUCCAUCUUCCCAGUCGGCUUCUGUGAAAUCAACAGCAUUGAGCUCACACCCCCAAGAGGGUACACCAAACUCCCUUUCAAAUGGUUUGACUACCUCAGAGAAAUGGGUUCAAUUGCAGCCCCUGUGAAGCUCUUUAACAAAGAAGUACCGAAUCACGGCUUCCGUGUAGGUAUGAAGCUGGAGGCAGUGGACCUGAUGGAGCCACGUCUGGUGUGUGUUGCCACAGUGACCAGGAUCGUCCACAGACUCCUGCGCAUUCAUUUUGAUGGCUGGGAGGAUGAGUAUGAUCAGUGGGUGGACUGUGAGUCUGCAGAUCUGUACCCCGUAGGCUGGUGCCAACUGACUGGCUAUCAGCUGCAGCCGCCUGCCACACAGACCACAAGAGAAGCACCACUAAAUGUCUCCAAACAGAAAAAGAAGACUGCACAGUAUAAAGGACAAAAGAAAAAGGUCUCGCUGCAGUUGAAAGAAGAGACUCCUGAGAUGGACGAGUUCACCUUCUCGCAGGGCAUCUCAGACCAGGAAAGCAACGGCUCAGGCAGUUACUACAUCAGACAGGAGCCCUGAGCAGCAUCAGCCAUCACAGAGCCUCACCUCACUGCCAACAGCACUGGAAAAAUCCCUCUCAGAGCGAUGCACACGAGGCCUGGAAGAAGACACAGUGACUUCCCCUCACACCAGGUCUCUCUCUCUUUUUCGUAUUUUUGUUCCUUUACAGGUUUGAAAAGCUUGAAAGAACGGACUUCUCAGUCAUUGAUCCGUGAGAGAAGGAUGUGUAUAAGAGGGGAUUUGGUUUGAAAUGGGGAUAGUGUUUUUUUUUUUUUUUUUGUCCUGACUUUUCGUUGAAGCUAUUUGCCCGAUGGACUUUUUCUCCUCAGUGUUCAUUGUACUUGAAGUUUUCUUCACUUUUUUUUCUGUCUUUAUUUCCCCUUUUGGUGAGGGAAGCAAAAAAAAAAAAAAAAAAACUUUUUUUUUGGGGGGGGGGGGGGGGUAAGAUUUCAGUACCUUGUGUGUUUCUUGCGCUGUUUCAUUUGUUUUGGAUGGGUGUGCAUUUGGUAAGAGUAGUAGAAAUCUAUAUUGAGACAGUAUAUUCAUAUAUGUAUGACAUUCAUAUUAAACACACACAUAUAUAAAUAUUUAAACGUAUAAAUAUAGUAGUGGAAUGAGGGAUGAUGGUAUUAAAUUAAACCUUACUGGUAUGAAGAGUAGACUAAUGGAAUACACUCACAAUUUGCACUACAGGGAUAAAAAUAUAUGUAUUGGCUUGUAAAAUGAUAGUAAAAUCUGCAGCUUCAUUGUAUUAUGUAAUUAGCAAACAUAAUUAUAGAAGUGGGAUGUGCUCAAGUCAAAGUGAAUAUUGUGAUAUGCAAAAAAAAACAAAAAAUUAUUUGACAUUUUACACCAAUGUUUAUGGUUUUGAUUUCUUUCUAAAGAGCCAUUUUUAUACGGGCGGUCAAAGUAUUUUGUGAGCCGUAGAAUAAAACGUAAGCAAUCACUGCUACCUGAACACUACCUUCCUGUCAUCUUUGAUGUUGACAGCACAGCAGAGGAUUCUUCUGGUAGACUUCCUCGUAGUAUUGCGAGUCUCUGAACAAAACAGCGCCAGCUUGUUUGUUUACCAGCCUCCUUGUUCGUGCAUCAGCGAGGAAUCCCAUCCCAUGCAUUUUUCCUUUACUCACAGCAU